AUGUUCUCUACGUCCAUACUUGACUUGCCUACACACGCUGAAUCAGCAGAACUAGGCUAUGGAAACAAUCAAGAUUCAAAGCAGAUCUUUUAUUUCUUGUUGCUCAACUUGUCUUAUAUGUUUGUUCAACUUGCUUAUGGUGUCUGGACAAAUUCAUUGGGCCUUAUCUCUGAUGCUAUUCAUAUGUUCUUUGAUUGUCUUGCUUUGGGUAUUGGUCUAUUCGCGUCUGUGAUGAGUAAAUGGCCUUCCAAUCAAAAGUAUUCUUAUGGAUACAACCGUAUUGAGACAGUUGCUGCUUUUUUCAAUGGUAUCUUUCUAGUGCUCAUUUCAGGUUCGAUUGUGAUUGAAGCUAUUCAACGUCUUGUGCAUCCUCCUGAAAUGAGCACUGAUCGUCUUUUGCUUGUUAGUUUUGUGGGUCUGAUUGUUAAUCUAGUGGGCAUCUUUGCUUUUAAUCAUGGACACGCUCAUGGACACUCUCAUGGACACUCUCAUGGACACAGCCAUGAUCAUGAUCAUCAUCAUGGACACAGUGCUAAUAUGCAAGGUGUAUUCUUACAUAUUAUGGCAGACACAUUAGGUUCUGCUGGUGUGAUCGUAUCUACUCUUUUGAUCCAAUGGUUUGGUUGGACUGGAUUUGAUCCCAUUGCGUCCCUUUUUAUCGCUGUUUUGAUUGUCAUGUCUGUGAUUCCUCUGAUUCGCCAAUCUGCUUCUGUUUUGAUGCUUCAAUUAGAAGACACGACUGUGAAUCAAGUUGAAGGUACUCUAGAUCAAGUCAAACAACUGGAAGGUGUAGAGAGUGUUGAUGUGUGCCGAUUCUGGCCUAAUGAAGCUGAAUCUGUGGUAGGGUCCAUUCAUGUGUUUGUCAGAGAAGGCACUUUAUCUCAGGACAUACGUCGUGCAGUCACUGAAUUGUUUAUGCGUCAUGUCGAUGGAUUAAAAGAAAUAUGUGUCCAACCUACUUUCGUAUCCACAUCUACUCAAGCUUCGCCUGCCCUUCCUCCUAAAUCACUCAAGAAAAAAGACUAA